GGGGGCGGUACUGAGCCGGCACGGCCUUUAAAUCUGCGCGUCAUAGAACGGCCGGGGCCGAGUGGUUGUGUGCGGAGAACGGCGUGUUCAGGAUUUGAAAUGGCUGAAAAUGGUGAUAAAGAACAAGUGUCUGAUCUGGACACAAAGAUCUGUCAGCAGAUUGAGUACUACUUUGGUGACCAUAACCUUCCACGAGACAAAUUCCUAAAGGAACAGAUUUCUUUUGAUGAUGGGUGGGUGCCACUGGAAAUUAUGAUCAAGUUUAACAGGUUAAACAAACUGACCAAAGACUUUGGAAUCAUUGUGGGAGCACUUAAAAAAUCCAAGACAGGCCUGCUGGAAAUUGAUGAGGAAAAAUCCAGAAUUAGAAGAUCCCCUAACAAACCUUUGCCAGAAGUCACAGAAGAAUACAAAAAUUUAAUCAAGAAUAGAUCGGUUUACAUUAAAGGGUUUCAGCUGGACACAUCCUUGGAUGAAAUAAAGGAAUGGUUGGAAAAAAAGUGUCCCAUUGAGAACAUCCAGAUGAGGCGAGCACUUGAUAAGGCAUUCAAGGGUUCAAUCUUUGUUGUAUUUGAGACAGAAGAUACUGCCAAGAAAUUCUUAGAGAAUACAGACCUUAAAUUUAAAGACUGUGAUAUGAUCGUAUUAUCCAAGGAAGAAUAUUUUGCAAAGAAGAAUGAAGAAAGGAAGCAGAGGCAGUCAGAGUUCAAAGCAAAACACAAGCAGGAGAAGGAAGAUGCCCACAAACAAGCAGAUGCUGAAAUGAAAACCUUGGAAGAACAGACUGGCUGCCUCUUAAAAUUCUCAGGAGACUUGGACAAUAUGACUUCCAGAGAAGAUAUCCAUGCCUUAUUUCAAGCUCAUGGUGAAAUCAAGUGGAUUGACUUCAGGAGGGGUGCGAAGGAGGGAAUUAUCCUGUUUAGGAGUGGUGCCAAAGAAGCAUUAGAGAAAGCCAAGGUGGCAAAUAAAAACUUACAGUUGAAAGAAAAGAAUGUAACGUGGGAUCUUCUGGAGGGUGAUGUAGAGAAGGCUGCACUGAAGAAAAUCAUGGAAGACCAACAAGAAAGCUACAAUAAGUGGAAAGGCAAAGGUGCUAAGAAAUUCAAAGGAAGGGGAGAUAGAGGAAAUGAUGGUUCAUCCAGGAAGAAAAUCCAAUUCCAAGGAAAGAAAAAGAAAUUUGAAAGCAGUGAUGAAGAGGACACAGAAGAAGGAGCAGGUGCUGCCAGAAAUGGAAGUCCCAAGAAAAGGCAGCUGGAGGAGAAAUCCACUGAAGGACCAGAGCCAAAGCAACAGAAGACUGCAGACCCGUAA